AUGCACCCCAGUUGGGGAGCACCCUGGAGACCUGAGAGCCCAAGCUUUGCCCCUGGGACUGGCAGCAAUUCCUCCCCAUUGCCCCGCUGUGCCAGUCCUCGCGCUGGCACCCCAGCCAGACCCCCAGCGCGGUGGGCUGCCUGCCAGCAGGGGACACCCUGGGCUCCCCGGGGUGCCACAGGCAGAGCCAAGGGGCGACGGGGGUGGUCGGCACAAGGAGGAUGUGGAGGGGACCCAGGGAGCGGUGGCACGGCUGGGGACACGAGCCCCAUCCUGCUGGGGGCACAGGAGGAUGGCGUGGAGCUGCGGGAGCCUGGGGAGCCAGGGCCGUGCUGCCAGUGGCAUUAA